AUGACGGUGCGUAGAGGAAAGAAGUUCUGCAUCUCCAUCCAGGAACACAUGGCCAUUGACGUCUGCCCCGGCCCCAUCAGACCCAUCCGGCAAAUCUCCGCCUACUUCCCCCGCCUGUCCCCCACCUCCCCCACCCCUCUCUCCCCAAACCCCACCAACUCCACGCUUGUCCUCAGCCCUGGAGGUGUGGCCUCUGGCAAAGGGUCCUCCCACUUCCUGACCCCACUGCUGCCCCGGGGAGAAGUGGUGGGCGGAGCUGGGUCGCUGUCGUUGGCGAGCAGCGUGGACACAUCGGUGGAGAUCAACAGUUCGGACAGUGAUGACUGCACUGCCUUGGGAACCCUGGAGUUUGAGCUGCGCUAUGAGCAGAGCUCAAACGAGCUGCACUGCACUGUGCUGAGGGCCAAGGGUCUCAAACCCAUGGACUUCAAUGGUUUGGCUGACCCCUAUGUGAAACUGCAUCUACUGCCUGGGGCAUGCAAGGCCAAUAAGCUGAAAACAAAGACAAUUCGUAACUCUCUGAAUCCAGUGUGGAAUGAGACACUCACUUACGUCGGGAUAACAGAGGAGGACAUGCACAGGAAGACACUCAGGUUGUCGGUGUGCGAUGAGGAUAAGUUGACUCAUAAUGAGUUCAUCGGGGAAUCCCGGGUGGCAUUAAAGCGCGUGAAACCUGACCAAACUAAACAUUUCCACACCUGCCUGGAGCACCCACCCCCGCUCCCAUCUCCCACUGCCAUGGGUGCAGCACUCCGAGGAAUAUCCUGCUACUUAAGAGAGUGGGAAAAUGAGCAGCUCCACAGUCUGGAGGAGAGGGGUCGCCUCCUUCUCUCCCUGCAGUUGUUGCCUCCAGUCAACAAACAAGACAUGGAGGUGGAGGAGGGAGGAGGAGGAGGGGGAGGAGGAGAGGGGCGUCGCAGCGGCGGGCUUAGUGUCGGCGUGAGACGCUGUGCCCACCUGGCAGCCAUGGAUGUCAACGGCUUCUCCGACCCUUACGUUAAAAUAUACCUGAAACCCGACAUAGAGAAGAAGUCCAAGCACAAAACGGCGGUGAUUAAAAAGACCCUCAACCCUGAAUUCAAUGAGGAGUUUUUCUACGAGAUCUCCACGUCAGAGUUGGCCCAUAAAACACUGGAGAUAACAGUGUGGGACUACGACUUGGGACGCUCCAAUGACUUCAUAGGCGGCGUGUGUUUAGGCUGUCACUCCCAGGGGGACGCUCUCCGCCACUGGAUGGAGUGCCUCAAAAACAAAGGGCAGAAGGUUGAGCGAUGGCACGUACUGACCAACGAGCUCCCGAGAACCUCAAGCCACGACUAA